UGGCGGCGUAACGGGGUAAAGAAAGCUAGAACGCGUAAGUCAUCCUUUAAACUACGGCCAUCUGUGGAGACGUGCGCCAGUUUGGCACGGGACGUUGACACGGUCAGAACUAGGUCUGGAUUACGCCUGUUAAUUGAUACUCCACUACUUUGGUGCGGUGCAGUGCAGUGCUCGUGUGAAACAGGUGCGACGGCAGGGAGCUUGGUACACCGGAGCCGCCGUAUUCACGAUGCAACAUCCCGAGGAAGAAGAUCAACGAAAGGGAGAAAGUGGCCAGACAGCCGAGAGACUUGUUUCGGAGACAAAGGUGCCCCUAAGAUGUCAGGCUUAUGACGUAUCGUGCGAGUUUUCGUAGAAACCGCGUCCGAACAAGCGCAAGUGAGACAAACAAGUUCGAACCGGAUGUGUGGCCCGAAGUGUCGGGACCCUUCGAGGUUAGCCACCCGACCGUAUCUCACCCGCUAUUGAUUGACCAGACCCUCACGAUGAAAAACACAAAUCGGCCGAAAUCGUGAUAGAUCCAACGCAAAUUGUAACAAAUGGAGCACACAGCACGCCGACCGCAUCCCACACGUACAGCGAGGCACUGGAGGUGGUGGGUCAAGGAUGGUUUCACACCCUGCUAAUGUUCGUUACCGGCUUGUGCCUGAUGAGCGUGAUCAACGAAACGGUCAACGUCGGCUUCAUUAUCUCCGCGGCCGAAUGUGACCUGGACCUUACCUUCAGCGACAAAGGCAUACUGAAUGGGGCCGGAUUUUUGGGCGUGGUGUCCAGCUCGUACGUGUGGGGCUUCCUGUCGGACACCUGGGGGCGCCGUAAGGUACUGCUGCUAGCAUCGACCGGUGCACUCAUCACAUCGGCCCUGUCCACCUUUUCGCCGCACGUCUGGGUACUGAUCGGGGCACGGUAUCUCGUCGGCAUAUUUGUGUCGGGCAAUGCGGCUACCUCGUACGCGUACCUGGCCGAAUUCCACGGUGAAGCAUCCCGGGCGAAGGUGAUCUCCUGGGCGGCCAUGUUUAUGGCGAUCGGGUUAAUAUUUUUACCGUCGCUUGCCUGGCUGGUGAUACCGCUCGACGACCGGUUCGACCUGCACUUGUUCGGCAUGCGGUACGCGAUGUGGCGCAUCUACAUGCUGCUCUGCUCGCUCGAGCUGAUACUCAUCAUCGUCGGGCUGCUCUAUCUGCCCGAGAGUGGAAAGUUUCUGCUUACCAACGGCCACCGGGAGAAAGUGGUGCAAAUUUUGGCCAAAAUCUAUCACAUCAAUCAGGGCAAACCGGAGCACACAUUCCCCGUCAAGUCGAUCACCCUCGACGCGAUAGAUGCCGCGUUCGCCAACGAAAUGCAGCUCCGUUCGAGCCUCGGCUUCCGGUACCUGUGGCAGCAAACCGUGCCCCUGUUUCGGGUCCCGCUGCUCUGGCACACGCUCAAGGCGUCCGUGCUGAUGUUCGGGCUGUUCGCUUCCUCGUCCGGACUGUUUCUCUGGGUGCCGGACAUCCUCAACACGUACCUCCAGCACGAGGACAUGCAGCUGUGCGACGUGAUUGCGCUGAUGCACGCAAACAAAACGGCUGCCCGGUCGGAACCGUCGGCCAGCACCUGCCCGAUCACCAUCAACGCGAACAUCUUCCUGAUCACCACCCUGAUGGGUGUGAUCUUCCUGGCGUGCUACAUACUGAACGGGCUGAUCAUCAACCGGGUCGGCAAGACGACACUGCUCAACGGAUGGUUUGUGGUGUGCGGUAUCUGCGGGCUCGCCAUACUGUGGACUUCCGAUUUCUAUCUGACGCUGAUACUGAUCGCUGCCUUCGUCUCGUCUGGCUGCCUCGGUGGCGUCCUAAGUGCAAUAUCGGUCGACCUAUUUCCGACUAAUUACCGGGCAAUGGCGAUGUGCCUGAUUCUGAUGACCGGCCGGUUUGGGGCAAUGGCCGGCAGCAACAUUAUCGCCUAUCUGCUCGCGUACAACUGCAAUCUGAUCUUCAUCCUGUUCGGCGGAUCACUGCUAGUUUGUGCUCUAAUUGGAGCAACCUUAACGGAAACGUGACAGAAAACUAUUCCAAAAAUGUUGAAUUGCCUGGCUGCCGCGGUGUCGUGUGUGCUAUCCACCACCUGGCACCGUUUUGCUGCAGCGCGGCAAUCAGAGCACCGUGCACCCGACCUCUGGCAAACCUUUUUUUUACCACACGUCUAAUGAGAGAUCCUACAACGAACGCAUCAAACAUGGGGGGGAGCGGGAAAGCAAACGGAGAUGGUCGCUUUGUAAGGACAUUCUGUUAUCGUAUAGCCGCAGCAAAGAUGGCGGACACUGUGUAGCUAUAGUCGCAUCAAUAAGCCACCGCAUCCAAGAUGGCAAAAACCGAAACCAAAGUGGGAUAUCGAGCGUCGUGUACUCCAGGAAUGUAUCCACAGAACACACACACACACACACCUGAUAUGGUGGCGAAGUAAACACAACAUAUCUACCGUGCGGCCAACAAGGAACAAGUGUGCAUCGUACGGAUCCUAACCGGUUGUGCUAGUUCGCACCGAAUCCACCGAUAUGUGUUCUCGCAGCGCAAUAUUAGAGUACUAAUUGAAAUACUGUACAGCGGGCCACACUGCAGGUGAUGCACGACGAUUACCGCAACAAAGUAGCAAUUACAGGCAGGGAUUCACUUCAAACCACAGCUAAUACCGUACUGUUAAGAUAUAUCUAGAAGUAGCACUCGAAGCGUCCCGAAAGUGGUUUGCGAAUCAGGGAAUAAAUAAACGUGCCAAUAUCAGCUGCCUGUCA